AUGGAACGUGAGUGUAAAAUAUAUAACAUUCCGAUUGAAUUAACUCAACAAGAAAUUAACAUUUUCAAAGUAUUAAAUAAUACUAAACAAUAUUUCAAUUUAAAUUGUACAGUCAGAGUUGUCGGUGGAUGGGUUAGAGAUAAAAUACUUAAGAAAAAUAGUCACGACAUUGAUAUUACUUCUGAAGGAAUAAGUGGUGUCCAAUUUGCUCAAUACGUUACUAAAUACCUUCAAUCACAAGGAAUUAACACAAAGUUACUUACAAAUAGAGAACAAACAGAACAUUUACAAACUGCGACUGCUACUAUUUGUGAGUUACCAAUUGAUUUUGGAAGUCCUAGAGCAGAAGAAUACAAAGAUAAUAGUAGAAUACCAGAAAUUAGAAAAGGAAGUAUUUACGAAGAUUGCAUUAGAAGGGAUUUUACUAUUAAUUGUUUGUUUUAUCGUAUUGAAGAUGGGGUGAUUGAAGAUUACACAAGUGGGUAUGAAGACUUAUUGAAUAAACUAAUUCGAACACCAAUAGAUCCAUUACAGUCUUUCACUGAUGACCCAUUAAGAGUCUUUAGAGGGAUUAGGUUUUCUGCAAAAUAUGGUUUUAAGAUAGAAGACAAUACAUUAAAUGCUAUGACCAGUCCAACAGUAUUAAGAGGGAUGAAUAAAAUUAAAAAAAGUAGAAGAACACCAGAGUUAAAUAAUAUUUUAAUAUCUUCACAUCCUUCAUAUGGAUUUCAUGUAUUUCAAUAUUGCCAUUUAUUAAAAGAAGUUUUAAUAACAGAAGAAAGCACUGAAUGCAAUUGGGAAAUAGUUCAAUCUAAUAGUAUUCCUUUAAUGUAUUGUUGUGAAGAAGUAUUUAAUUCAAUCAGUCAAGUUAAAGAUGAUACAGAUAUGCUUAAACACUUACUAUUAACUGCACUUUGUUACUCAUUCAAAAACGAUACAUUUUUCUUUAAAAAGAAAGAGUUGCCAAUGAUUCCAAAUAUCAUUAUAGAAGGUCUUAAGUUUACAUCAAAAGAAAGAGAGAAAGUAGAUAAUAUUAUUGAAGGAGUUAAUUUAUUAAAUCAACAUAACUGUAAAUGUGAAAGAUUAUAUUAUGGAAGGUCAAUGUUAAAAAGUAAAGAAAUGUGGAAAGCAUCUAUUAUAUUAUACUGUUGUCUCAAUUCUCAUUUUACAAUUCCUAGCUACCCAAAUAUUUAUUUUAAAAUUCAAAUAGAACCAACUUUACUCCAAACUGUUCAACAUCACUUUGACUUAAUUUAUCAAUUCCAAUUGGAUAACAUCUGGUUAAUUACUCCUGCUAUAAAUGGUAAUCAAAUUACACAAUUGUAUCAAACAAAAAAAGGAAAAUGGGUAUCAACAGCAAUUAACGCUUUGAUUGAGUACCAAAUAUCAAACCCAACUUAUACCUUCGAUUCAUGUAAAGAGUUUUUGCUUCAACAUCAAUUCGACAUCUGCUAA